UGGCGUCGCAGUGCACGGCGUCGACUCGUGUCAGUCUGUUGGUAGCACUGGAGCCACCGCGACCUUAACUUUGAAUCUCAAUUAGAAAUGUUUGUGUGUUUUGAACAAUUUGUAUUGGUUUGUCGAGCAAUGUGAGCUUUCGAGGGUCGAGUGAUGGAAAAUGUGGGUUUAUUGGCUGGUCUUGCUUGGAAUGCUCGUUGAAAGAAGCCUCUCAUGCCCCGUCUCCUGUUCCUGCAAGUGGAAAAAUGGCAAGCAAACUGUGAUCUGUUCCGGUAAAAGUCUGACCGACAUCCCCGACGGCUUGGAUCCGGGUACUCAAGUCCUGGAUUUCUCCGGCAACUUCCUCAGCAAUCUCCGUCGCGAACUAUUCAGCAACAAACAACUGAUUAACUUGCAGCGCAUUUAUUUGUCCAAUUGUCAAAUAAAAAUAAUAAACGAGAAAACUUUCAAGGGUUUGUCAAACUUGGUCGAGCUCGAUCUCUCUCGGAAUUUGCUUGAAACGGUGCCUACGAGUUCGUUUGUGGACUGUCCUUCUUUAAUGAGACUAACUCUAAGCUCGAACCCUUUAACCGUUUUAAAAAGACUGGCUUUCAAUCAUUUAUCGUAUCUCAGCACACUCGAGCUCGAUAAAUGCAAAAUUGUGGAGAUUGAGGACGGGGCUUUUCAAGGCUUGCACAGUCUGGAGUGGCUACUCCUCGAAGAUAAUGGUUUGAGGACGAUUCGGGGGGAAUUACCCAGGAAUUUGAAAGGUGUGGAGUUGCGGGGGAAUCCCUGGGAGUGCGACUGUCACAUUAAGGAGUUGCACGUUUGGCUGGGGCGCUUUAACGUGCCCAUCUCCGAAGAGCCGACUUGUUCAGGGCCUCCUCGACUCGCUUCCCGGGUUAUUAAAUCGAUACCGGUCUCUGAACUCGCUUGUCUUCCUGACGUAUCCCCCACAACGUUUUAUCUGGAGCUGGCCGAAGGCAAGAACGUAUCUCUGCAAUGUCACGUGCAUUCUAUCCCGGAAGCUUCCGUCUCCUGGUGGUUCCGCGGACAGAUCCUCCAGAACAAUACCAUCGUAUCCCCGGGAAUCCACUUGAUUUACUUCGUGGAGGAGGGCGCGGAGAACAAGCGCAGUGAACUGUUCAUCUAUAACGCCAACUCCGAAGACAAUGGUACAUUUAUCUGCAACGCCGAAAACGCCGCUGGAACAUCGCAAUCGAAUUUUACAAUCAAGAUAAUUAUUAAAGAAGAUCCGAUUGUAAUUAUCGUUGAGUUUCCUUUCGAAUGUCUCCUAGCGGCGGCGAUCGGAGCUGUCGUUUUAGCCCUCCUAAUAAUCUCCGGUAUCAUCAUAUCGAUCCUCCGAUGCAAACGGCGGAAAGAGCCCCUGCAAGGAAAAACCGAAGAGGACACUAACCCCAAGCCCACCCCCGACGACGACACACUUUACGUCUGCGAGGAUCACCCGGUUCCUAAUCACCAAAGCCCAACUUUGCUCUUCCAAGACCAAAACCCCGACCUUAUCAACCACCGAUGGCUCGACUCCGAGGGCUACCCCCUCGACUACGGCCUUCCGAAACUCCCGACGAAUUACUACCGAACGCUGCCGAGUAGGCCCAAACGACAAUCACUCCAAAGACCGAGAUACUCGCAAGAAGCCGAAUUCCUGGCUUACGAUCAUUACCACACCGAUGUCCGUUACACAGCUGACGGAUAUCCGUUGCCGUCAAAUGACGGAGCUCCUUGCUGUUCGAUUCAGUGGCCGGUUUGUGUGCCCGCGAAUCUACACAUGGUUAAUAAUAAUCCCAAUGAGAUGGUUUAUGAGCCGCCGAGCGGAAUUAUCAAACGCUGCGUCGGAGCUCAAACCGAAGAUGAGAAGAUUGAUUCCAAUGAGGCUGGAAAUGAAGCGAUGACCGAAAGUCCAGAUGAGGGAUAUGAGGGAGAACCGGCCGUCGUAUAGUGUUAAGAGAGCGCGAAUGCAAUCACAGGGUAAUGUUUUAGUUAGGUUUUGUAUCCCGAUUUCUUUAUCUAGACUGUGUAUAUACUGUAGAGUUUUAGAAUUUUUUUCGUAAUAAAUUACUUAAUCGGAAGCGUUUCCAAAUUUAUGCAAUAAAUCACGAUAUUACCAUAAUGUGUAGAGUGAAUAUUGUUCAACAAGCUCUAUUGUCAGCGUCGAAUACAGUUUUUUCCCAAUUACUUUUUAUUUAAAACCGUCUCUAAAUUUUCACAAUGAUGUUAACGAGCCAGCACUAGUAAACUAAUUGAAAACAUUAGUGAUUGUAUGGAAUUUUAAACCAAGUCUGCAGAAGCAAUAAAAAUAAUACCAUUUGUGUUUUUCUAUGAAGCUUUUUUCAUCGUUUAGAGUUGUAGUGGCUUUACAUUCUCCAGUAAAUAUUAUCACCCUUAACAACGUAUAAUCAUAAAAUGAAGUACUUAAUACCUAUCUCUAACUUUUUCUUGAUCUGUCCAUUGAUAUGAAAUAUAAAAAUUCGUCUAAUUGUGGGAAAAAAUGCUUUUGAGAAUGUGAAAUGCACCUUGUUAUAAAAAAAAUUAAAUACUUUAUAGCAUAUUAAGUAUCAAGAACGGUAAGGAGAUUUUACCGAUGAAAAACAAUUGUUUUGACGACUUCAAUUAAAUGUCUGAUCGAUAAUCCUUAACGUUUGUGAUGUUUAUGGCGUUUUUUAUGGCGAUCCUAACAUUGUUUAAUAGUUACUUACCUAAAGAGUUUAGAAAUUGCUUUCCAAACAAGUUAGGUACAAUAUUUAUUGUAAAGAAUCUCUCAAAAAAAUUAUACUUUUUAUAAUUUAGUGUUUUUUGCUAAUGGUUUUUUUAGUAAAAGUAAUUUUCUAAAUUUUCCUUGUUAUUAAUGCUAAAUACAAAUUUUUAAGUACCGUCGUGAUUGGCGGUACUCGUGUCACUUGAUCAGCAGCUGAACAUUUGUACGAUCUUGCCUGACACAUCCCUCAUAAAGUGAUUAGGAAGUAAAAGUUGUAUAGUAAGUAUAUCUUUUGGGAAACUUUACUGACUUGGAAACAGUCUAGUAAACAAUCAAAUUGAGCUCAAUCGUGCAUUUUUUUUUCAUCCGUAUCGUAAUCAAUAUUUUACUUUCAUAAUAUUCAUGCCGGAAAGUACCAUUUUACCGGACUAGUCCGCUGGAUGAUUUUUCCCGGACUAGUCCGGUAAAAACGAGGCAAUGAAAUUGGAAGUUUGGGGAUUUAUUUAUUAUAAGUAUUAAAUGUACAAUUAUGUGCAGAAUAGCUACAUGAAGAAUGAGGUAUUGCAACUGCAGUCGUGUUUUUAACAUUGUUAAUGACGUUAGACGCUCCUUCGAGAUGAAUAAAUCCUCAUCACGGUUGCAAAAAAAAUGUUGUACGCAUUACGUCCGGAAAAUGAUCUACUGCUACUCGUAAGCUACCAGGACUCGUCGUCGACUCGUCCUGGGAUUUGCUUACUUGUCCAGUAAAACCCCACUUUACGGACUUGUACUAUAUAACUAUAUUUUCCAACUGGAUUUUGGACAAUACUACUACAUUUUAUUUAUAUAUUAUUACGUUGAAAAUUUUAUUUUCUGGUAUGCAAAAUAUACCGGGUGAUCAAUUUCAAUCCCGAACACCACAUUUGUCGUUUCUAAGGUAAAUGUAGGAAUAUUAAGCAUAAUCAAGGAUAAUCAUAUUCUAUAAUAUGUAGUGUUUGAGAUUGUAAUUAAUCAGAAUCACCUUUACAUGAGGGUUUAAAUGCAAAACUCUCUCUGUGAUUAUAAAUAAGUUGUGAGGUAUUUGCAACAAACUAUUGAAAGUUGGUUGUAUUUAGUGAAAGUUGGUUAUAGUAAAAAUUGAAUGCCGUAAACUAUAUAAAUCAAUGUUUAAUGAUAAAACUAGUAGACGUUUGCGAGGGUCAUGAUUUUUUUAACAGUGUUUUUAUAGGACCAAAUUUUCAGGUAGAUAAUAAUUGUCAAGUUAGUGGUUUUAUCAGAAUUGGAAAAGUACCUAAGGGCUCAUGGCACUCACUUCGUUAGUGCCAUUUCGCGGUGUUUCUGUGGGACAUUUUAGUCUGGUGACCCUUCUAAGUUUAGAAAUAUUCGUGCCUCGUAAAUUCUCAAAGGCUUGCAACAUUUAAAAAGUUCUUAAGGGCUCGUGUCGAUGGUAAUCAAUGAAACAGGGAGACUUUCGCGGCCAGACCUUACCCUGAAAAUGCCCCUAGCAAAAGAAGUGAAACGUUGACUUUUCCCUACAAAUUGAUGUGGUUUGACGUCGAAAGACUGUUUUCUCUCUAGUUCUGGUUGUUUUUCUCUAAUUUUCAUAACAUACUAUUUAGGUUUUAAAAUUUUUUAAAUUGAUUUUACUCAAAAACGGUGUGUUAUAUCGAAAGAAUGCAAGAAACUUUUUUGUGUGAUAAUCAAUGAAAUUUAAAAUUUUGUUGUUGAAUAGUAAUUUAGCUUUAUAAAAAGCAAAGAGUGAGUUUUAGUUAUUAACUCAAUGAUUAAAUGAAUUUUGCAAUUAAACCGAAAUAAAUUAAAAGAAUUAAAAAAAUCACUAAACCCCAGAUAAGUCGUACACGUCUUAAAUUUUCAAUUCAAUAUCUAAUAAGUAAUAUAAUAACUGUAAAAAAAUUCAUACUGUCGUAUAAAGCCAUGCUACAAUUUCAUUUGAUUCCAAAAGUAACAAGUUAGUACCCGAAGUGUAAAACUGUACAGUGAAUUUUGCUUCAAACCGAAAUUUUUGUAUAGUUUCACUGUAUUUGCAAAAAUCAAUAGAAUCUAGAAUUCCUGUUUAAAUGUUAAAUGUAACAGCUUCAAAAAGCCGUUUUUCGAAUUUUUGACAAAGAGUGAGUUUUGUGUUGAUACGACUUAUAUACAGGGUGAUUCUGCUAAAAAUAUAUUUUACUGUAUCUGCAAAACUAGUGGAUAAGAAUCAGAGUUUGCUAUUAAAUGUUUUUUUUCUAUGAUUGUGAGUUUUUUAGAAUUGUUCUGUAAUUUCUUAUGAUUAAAAUUAAUUAAUAUUAAAUUAAUUUUAAGAUAGGUACAGUAAAAAUAUACGGUUAAGAGACUUACCUUGUAGUUAUCCAUAGAAGCAAUUGAGCCUUUAUUUAUCCGGAAAUUUUUUACUAGAUCUAAGAUUUUUUUAAUGCUUUUAAGAAAAAAUAAGUCCCUAUUAGUUCAGUAAAAAUAUUAUUGUUGUCAAUGCUCUUAGCUUAUCGUGAAAAUUUAAUUUUUCUAUCAUAGUAUCAACACUCAAUCAGCAUUUCAGUCUUUUGUGCUUGGUGUUCUUUUCUUAUUCCUCUCGUAACUAUCUUUAGCUAAAUUGUAACGAAUAGAGCAACUGACACGACAUUUUGUCUCUGAACUAACAUGGGUCACUAAACUGUGAUGUCUGUGAUCAUCUGCUUUCAACUAAGUUUCCUGAAUUUAGAAAAAAUGUAACAAAUUAACUAAAAAUAAAAAAGUUGUUCCAGGUAAUUCAUGCUUUAACGAUUUAUUAUUUUGGGUGAGUUGCGUUUUUCCUCGUUUAAUUAGUUAAUUAAUCUGGUCUAAUUCCGCGUUUAGUGAUCUCUGUGGACAUGGCUUAUUUAAUUGUUGGUGUCACAUUAAUUGCAAAGCCACACCACAAUCAAACAUAUUUGCAUUAAAUGUGAUUUGUUAUCUCUUUAAAACCAUUUCCAAACAGUAGUCGCAACAAAAGUUAAUCAUAGAAAUCAUCCAGGUCGUUCUACCGACUCAAUUCCAUUUGUUGAUUCAGCUGCUACAGACAUGAUUUUUCAAACACUGAUUUAAUAACCAUAAAUCCUUUAUAUUCAAAGCUUUUGUUAAUUAAAUUUCUUUCAGCAUGUACCUUAUAUUCAUUUUGUUCGGCAAAACGUUGCCGCGUUAAGCUCGACACUCAUCAUUCUUUUAAAAUGACCGUUGCCCGAUUUUAAUUAAAUACUCGUACACAACCUGUUGGCGCAGAAAUUGUGAUAAAAAUCCGGUUUAAUUGAAUUCGUUGAUUCUUAAUAGACAAGUACUGAUCUAAUGUACGUUGGUAAUUAACAGUGUCGGGCAUGAAUUACAAUGGAUUAGAGUUAAUGCUAGAUGGAGCAAGUCAGCGUAAUUGUAACGGACAUUAUUGUCAAUGAGCGUUAGUUUAGUACCCAUCUGACUUUAGUCACUGUCUUGAGAGACGAAUAUCAGACGCCAAAAUUGUUAACAUGGCAAUAUCUCGGCGGAAUUUAGUGCAGAAUAGUUUGCAACAGCUUUUUACUUUAUUAAAGUUCGUCUACAACAACAAAAUUGAAUAAAAUGAUCACCAAUUAGUUAAAAUUCUUGCCACGGAAGUGGCGGUUUUUAUUUUAGGAAUAGAAAUAAAGCCGCGUUUUUAUGCGUCCUGUAAAAUUUUUAUUGGCUAUUUCAGCAAUGACCCUUCAUAUUAAAUUAAAAGCUUUCCAUUUAUCUUUCUUGUCAUGAUUUAAACUAAAUCCAUUUCAAGUAGCAUGUCCCUAGUUUAAACGAGCAUUACUGAACCUCUAUGACUCCAUAAAAAUCGCGUUCCAAUAUCUUCAAGUCUUUAUCUUCCACUUCUCGCAUCGUUGAAACACUUUAUGCGACAAAAGUUUGAAUAUUAAAAUCUCCAUUCAAGUCAAUAAAACUUACAAAACAAUAAAUUUCAUCGCAUGUUUGAGUAAAUGAGCAGAAAAUUAGAGCGGUGAAAAAUUAAACCAUCAGGAGGGAGCUUGAAUACCUUUUCAUUCGUCCGGACAGUUUUGAAACUUUAAAUAGGCAAAUACCUUAUCUCGUGAUUGAAAAGGCCCUUGAAUGGGAAGGCUCAUUCGAUUUGGAGCUCAUCGAAAUGGCAAUAAAUAAUUUAUCAUUCGAGUUUUAUUCAAUUUGUUGUCCGCCGACUUAUGUAAUUAGAAAACUUCUCGAUUGUAUCGCAUCACCUGUAUUUAUUUUCUUAUUCCAUAACUUUGUGAAUCUUGGGGCAAAACUUUUGAGCUCGACUCUGAUAAAUCAGCUUGUUGGCGCAUAAUUCGUAGUAUCAGCCUACUCCGUGACGAUAUAGACUGUUUAUCUGUUAAAUUUGUACUCGUAGGGAAGCACACAUGUGGGAGAUGGUAAUAUUAAUUUGUUUAGUGAACCACAGGAGGGCAAAUAGCGCGCCUCCCCAUUAGUAUGUACUGUAGAUACCCGUGGUGCCAUAUUCUAGUCACUUAAGACGUAAAGUAAUGUUGAUGUUGUCACUUUUGUAAUAAAAUUCAAUAAAA